AUGGUUUUUGCAAGCAAGAUGCCGUCGCUGAGAAUAGACCAGAGUGAUCUGAAGUGUAAGAACGGAUGCAACUUCUUUGGUAAUCCCCAGUGGCAAGGGUAUUGUUCAAAAUGUCACAGAGAACAACUUCAGAGACAGCGAUGGGCAGAGAAAGGCUUAACCGCGACCCUACCGAAGCCGGUGCAGAAGAAAAUGGAGCGAUCAUUGAAAUUGUCCUCACACUCGUCUUUCUCAAAGUUUGAAGAGAAACGUCUUAGGCAAAGUGAGACGCUCAAGAAUAAGACAAACCUAUUGAAAUUCAGCGUUUUCAGCAAGAGUAAGAGCAGUGAAAUCCAAGAUCAAACUCCGGAGAGGAAGCCACCGGAGUUUAAAGUCCCAGCGACCGUGUACGAGAUGAUGAAGAAGGAUUGGGCUGAAAACUUUUCAAAUCUGCCGGUUCAAGUUGAUAGGGAGUGUAGAGUGUUUGUGCAUCGCUUCAUAUGGGAUGUGAUUAAUUCUUCUUACGUGAUGAACGUGGAUGAACUAUCAGAAAGGGUCCAAAGAUAUUAUCAGCAAUUCAUCAAGUAUACGGACAACUCCCCCCACUUGGUGAGCGCGGAGCCCGAAUUGAAGGAGAGGCUCAUAGACUUCGUGGAGAAGCACGCCAUGACCUACUUACACGAUCUUCCAGGUGUAGUGUUCUCUCCUCACGGUACCGAGGACGAGCGCCUGGACCGCGCCAUGUCAGAACGAAUCCAGCAGUUGAGCUGGGUUGGGGAGAAACACCUGGAAUGCAAGCUAGACCACUCCAAUGAAUGCAGCCAGCUCUUGUACAAAGCUAUCAGCGAACUGCUGGCUAUGGAUGGAGCUCCUUUUGGUGGUGGUAAGUUGGCUCAUGUACGGCGAGCGUGUCUCCACGUGCUUGAACUCUGUGGGGCGCCUGCAUCAGCUGACGAUCUGCUGCCAAAACUUAUAUUCACUGUGUUAAAGGCGAACCCACCUCGUCUUGUGAGCAACAUCAACUUCGUGACCCGCUUCUGUAACGCGCAGAGGUUAAUGACCGGCGAGGCUGGCUACUACUUCACGAAUUUGUGCUGCGCGGUAUCCUUCAUAGAGAACUUGACGGCGGAGUCUUUAAGUAUGGAUAAGAAGGAAUUUGAUUGCUACAUGGCGAUGCCUGCCUCCAUUGGUGGUAGCACUUGGGCAGCAGCAUUAUCUUUGUGUGGAGCUGUGAAAGAAGCUGAGGAACAACGACAACACGCUGAGAAACUGAUGGAGGAAAUAAAAAAGUUACAAGAUGACGCCGAACAACUCGCGAAUAACGCUGAAACAUUUGAGAAAGAAAUCGCUAAGAAGGUACAAGAUGUGUUAGCGAAAACUCCGCUGGAAAUAAAACCUCGUAGAGAGCUUCCCCGACUUCGGGUCCUACGCAAUUCUACAGGACCACUCAUCGACCUAGAAACAUCGAAAACAGUUCCAGAAGAAGACAAACAGAAAAUACCACAGAUCAACAUACCAGACAAACCGCAAGACAAAAUAGAUUUGCAAUUCGAAACUUUGAAUACUAGAACAGAAAACAUUCUAAGUUUCGACAUGGACAAAUCACCUCCAAAAUCCCCUCAGAACCAGCCGUGGGAAUCAAAACAAACUGGAUCCUUUGAACUCCUCACGCCAUCACCGAUCAGUUUCCCACUCUUCGACUCGAGGUCCAUUGAUGAGAGGAUGGAUGAAUUGAUGACGCCAGAGGAAUUUGGUCCAGAUAAUCUCAGUCUUGGCUUGAGUAAUAUAAACUAUGACAUAGACUUAUCCGAUCUCAGCGGUGACAACAGUUACGCUGAAGACACGCCCAAGGAACCCAAAGACCCAUUCAGUCCUGAUGGAAUAAAAAAGGAGCCGUUAUUCGACCCGUUCGCUCCACAAACUAGUAAUUACGCCAUACUCGAGAAGUUUGAUGAGUUUACAUUAGUGGACACCAAAAAUAAAGACGCUUCGGAUUCGUUCGAAGUGGUUCAUAGAACGAAUGAUUUUCAGACGAACGCAGAACGAUCGGAUCCAUUCGGUCCUGUACAAGCUGAAGCGACUUCAAUAUUGGAUGAAAAUAAUUCACCUUCAGGUGCCUGUCUGCUACCAUCACCACUGUUGCCUCAGAGCAGCAAGAAAACUUGA